CCAGCAGUGAGUGCAGAGCGGAGCAUUAGACACCUCACCCUGAUCGUAGAGCUGCUGCUGCUGCCGUGAGUACGGGAUUGGGAAGGUGUGAGAUCUGCUUCUUAAAAUGAAGACGAUCGUCUGGGAGUGCGGUUAGCGGCCGGACACUGGAAGUGCAACUCAAAAGCCAGGGAAAUAUCACCAGGAAUUAAAAAUGCAUCGAAAAUUUCUCCAUGAACAACGGGAGUUAUCAUCACAGAUAGGCCUGUCCUUAUGCUCAACCCUGAAGGACAGCUAGUAUCUGCUCACCGCCAUGGCUUCUUGUAGUCUUAUCAUGUCUGCCUAUAGGAUUUCUUGCCUCAUGUGGCUUUUCGUGGCACUCGCUGACCUCACAGCGGGGCACAGUCUCUUUGCCUGUGAGCCCAUUAUACUGAGAAUGUGUCAAGACCUUCCCUAUAACUCAACAUUCAUGCCCAAUCUUCUGAACCACUAUGACCAGCAAACCGCAGCCCUGGCAAUGGAGCCGUUUCACCCCAUGGUAAACCUCGAAUGCUCCAGAGAGUUCCGGCCGUUCCUGUGUGCGCUGUAUGCGCCCGUCUGCACUGAGUACGGUCGGGUCACACUCCCUUGCCGCCGUCUCUGCCAGCGGGCGUACAGCGAGUGCCACAAGCUCAUGGACAUGUUUGGCAUAUCGUGGCCAGAGGAGAUGGAAUGUAGCCGAUUUCCAGAUUGUGACGAACCCUACCCCCGUUUGGUAGACAUCAGCAUCUCCAGCGAGCCUAUGGACAACUCCCUUCCAGCGGUGAAAAAAGACUAUGGCUUCUGGUGUCCCCAGGAGCUAAAAAUUGACCCAGAUUUGGGUUACUCUUUUCUAGGAGUUCGUGACUGCUCUCCACCCUGCCCACACAUGUACUUCCGAAGAGAAGAACUCUCCUUUGCUCGAUACUUUAUCGGAGUAGUAUCCAUAGUCUGUCUCUCCGCCACCCUCUUCACCUUUCUGACUUUUCUUAUCGAUGUGACCAGAUUCCGCUACCCGGAGAGGCCAAUCAUAUUUUACGCCGUCUGCUACAUGAUGGUGUCGUUGAUCUUCUUCAUUGGGUUCCUAUUAGAGGAUCGUGUAGCAUGCAACUCAGCCAGCCCUAGCAGGCACAAGGCUUCUUCUGUGACCCAAGGAUCUCACAACAAGGCCUGCACCAUGCUCUUCAUGAUCCUCUACUUCUUCACCAUGGCCGGCAGCGUUUGGUGGGUUAUCCUUACCAUCACUUGGUUCUUGGCUGCCGUUCCAAAAUGGGGCAGUGAAGCCAUUGAGAAGAAAGCACUAUUAUUUCACGCCAGCGCUUGGGGCAUCCCGGGAACUUUGACCAUCAUCUUACUGGCCAUGAACAAAAUUGAAGGAGACAACAUCAGCGGGGUGUGUUUUGUUGGCCUCUAUGAUGUCCACGCCUUGAGAUACUUCGUCCUGGCCCCUCUCUGCCUGAACGUUGUGGUGGGUGUAUUUCUCCUUCUGGCUGGGAUUAUUUCCUUGAACCGAGUACGGAUUGAAAUUCCAUUAGAAAAAGAAAACCAGGACAAACUGGUGAAGUUUAUGAUCCGCAUCGGGGUCUUCAGUGUGCUUUAUCUGGUGCCCCUUUUGAUCGUGAUUGGCUGCUAUUUUUAUGAGCAGGCAAAUCGAGGGGUUUGGGAAACAACGUGGAUCCAGGAACGUUGCAAGGAAUACCACAUACCAUGCCCCUUCCAGGUGACCAAGACAAGCCGUCCUGACCUGAUUCUCUUCCUCAUGAAGUAUCUCAUGGCACUUGUAGUGGGCAUACCUUCUGUCUUUUGGGUGGGAAGCAAAAAAACCUGCUUUGAAUGGGCCAGCUUCUUCCAUGGUCGAAGGAAAAAAGACAGAGGUGUGCAUGAAAGUCGGCAGGUUCUCCAGGAGCCAGAUUUUGCUCAAUCCCUUUUACGUGACCCAAAUACUCCAAUCAUCCGAAAAUCUAGAGGAACAUCCACUCAGGGUACAUCCACUCAUGCCUCGUCCACUCAGCUGGCUGUGAUGGAUGACCAGCGAAGUAAAGCCGGCAGCGUGCACAGCAAAAUGAGCAGUUACCAUGGAAGCCUUCACCGCUCCAGAGAUGGAAGGUACACACCAUGCAGUUACCGAGGGAUCGAGGAACGGCUCCCCCAUGGCAGCAUGUCCCGUCUCACAGAUCAUCAUUCUCUACACAGUAGCACCCACAGACUCAAUGAACAAUCUAGACAAGGUAGCAUUAGAGACUUAAACAACCCCCUGGCACACAUCACGCAUGGAACCAGCAUGAACCGAGUCAUUGAGGAAGAUGGAGCAAGUGCUUGAAGGACACGUUCAGUGGCACUAGAAUGCACAUUGACACACAAUACAUCCUGGUCACUUGGUGUCUCGAUUGCACAUUGAAAUUGACAAUUUGUUGACUAGUCAUUGAGCAAUGGAGCAUAUGCGGGACUUUCCAUUCCAGACAUGGGUGGAACAAAGACCAUUUCAGCUCAAAGGUCUGUUAACAGUUGUCAUAUGGACCAGUUGGAACAAAAUCUACUGUAAAAUCUACCAAUGGUUCCAUAUCUGGAAACUUUGACAAUAGAAUCAUCUCCUGGUGCUUACUUCUUUUGGAGAUGUACUCAUAGAGUUGUCCAACAAGAGAACAGUCCCCAUUGAUUCACUGCGUGUCUCUCAGAAGACCUCUUGUGAAUCACCCAUUGUUUCUCCUGAAUCAGUUUCUGGAUUCUUAAAUUAUUUAUUUGACCUAAACGAUGAUCAAUUUUGUAUUUCUAUGUUCAGUUUGUAAUUGUUUUCCAAGAAAAUUAAAUCUGAGAGAUAAAAAUGUGUAGGAACUUCUUAGAGGUUUUGACGUCCUACAGCUGAACGGCUUCUCCAUGGCAGCAUGUCCCAAAUCAUGGGUCAUUAUUCUUUACACAGUAGUACUUGCAGUCUCAAUGAACAUUCUAUGCAGUCACUUUUAGAGUCCCUACAGCUGAAAAUAUGAAAUAUACAGUAGUCCUUUAAGGCCAGGGCCUCAGUAUUGACCAUGACCGUAAUUUCUCAGCUUUAGGUGGAACCAAAAUAGGUUGUUUUAACUGUUGCACAAUUCAAGCUUUUUGAGACUCAGAUUCAUUGGGAAAGGUUGAGUAUGUACCAUGACCCAUUUUAUUGGAUGGCUACUCACCAUAGUUGCAACUUGUGCCUCCUGCAACUUUGACACUGCUCAAUGUGAUGGUCAUUGAUCGUCUUUAAGUGGAUGAAACAGUAAGAAAGAGUUUUCCUCCAGGUUGCAAGUCUAUCCUUGGCCAUGUAGUCUAGAGAAAACUGUAAGUCAUGAACUGGACUAUUGAAGACAUUUUCUAAUCUCUGAAAUGUACCGGAACUCGUCACCAGAAGGCCAUUCGAACCUCUUUGACUUAACAUUAGCACUGGGUUAUAAAUGUCAGUGUGAGUAUGUCUAGUGGAGUCCAGCAUAGACAUCUGUACAACAGGACAUUAUCUUGUAGAUAGGUUGAAAAUGGAAUUUGUAAUUUUUGAAAAAAAUAAUGAAUUUGCUGUAUUUAAACUACUGUUUUAACUACUGAUAAAUUUGGGUAUAUUGCAGUAUUUAACCUCUUCCAAGCCAGAGGAACAUCUCAGAGGUCAGUACUGUUACCACACUGGACUCUGACAAGUUUACAGUCAUCUAGUCAAUGAAGAAAGAAACAUAGUGCACCUUUUGAUGGGACAUAGUUGGAGCAGCCAUUUUGAACGCUGAGUUUAUAAAAUUUGUCAUAUAGAAUUUUGUGAGCACCUAGAUGGUGGUCCCUGAGCUGGGAACCCCAGCUUAUUUUCAAAACAAAGGUGCCUCAAUGACUUCUCCAACACACAGCCCACACAUAUUAAGUUGGGAUUUCCAUUAGAGCAUCUCCAAGGCGGUUUGGGAACACCACUGCUUCUUUGGAAAAUUUGUAGGGAUCUCAGAUCAUGGUCACCUGCCAAUGUGAUAAUGUCAUGUACUGACACAUAAGUGACAAAACAUCACCUAGAUGGAGUUCCUCUUGAAGGUACUCUGAUGAGCUCACUUCCUAGUCCCUGUAUAACUGAAAGUGGGAACAGAGCUUUUCUAGCUAAUGGGGGUCUUCCAGCAGAUAUUUGACUUUGUCAUAACAUGUAGCUUCUGACUUCCCCAGCACAAACAUCUCAAAGUUUGGUUGGAGAUUUCCAUUUGAGUUGCUCCAAGAAGGUGUGAGGGCUGUGAGGAACCCACAGUUUCUGUGUUUUGGAAAUUAAUGGAAAUAUCAGCUCACGGUCCUCCACCAAUACGGUGAUGUCAUCCUCUGACAGUGUGUAUGUCAUAACAGGACAUUAAUUUAGGUGAAAUACCCCUUGAAGCCACCCUGAAGAGCUCAAAAUGGUGGAAACGUCCUCUCCUAGCUUGGGCCAGGUCAAAACUUAUUUGACCUGGCCACAUACUUUUGUCAGCUUGCU